AUGAUGGCAACACAGACAUUAAGUAUAGACAACUAUCAAGAUGGACAACAGAUGCAAGUAGUAACAGAGUUAAAAACUGAACAAGAUCCCAACUGCUCUGAAACUGAUGCAGGAGGGGUGAGUCCUGCCCCUGUAGAAUCUCAAACUCCAAUGGAUGCAGACAAGCAGGCCAUUUACAGGCACCCACUGUUUCCCUUGUUAGCACUAUUAUUUGAAAAAUGUGAACAAUCUACACAAGGCUCAGAAGGCACAACUUCUGCUAGUUUUGAUGUAGAUAUUGAAAAUUUUGUGAGGAAGCAGGAGAAAGAAGGAAAACCCUUUUUCUGUGAAGAUCCAGAAACUGAUAAUUUG